AUGUCAGGUGGUGUAACUAGGAGCGUGUUGAUCGACCUUACAGAUAUCGUAGUCUUGCUCACUUUAGGAGGGUAUUGGAUGAUUUGCAAGAAGGACAAAUAUGGAGCCUUGAACUUUCUCAAGAAGUUAGACUCUAUGUGUCUGAUACAAAACAUAUGGAAUGCUCUGGGAGGAGACCAAACUCUAUUACUACAAGCAAUAGCUGACCUAAUGAAAUCGUGCCGAUCGGAGAUAAGGCCCAUACCAUCACGUGUCACAACAUAUUGUCGCAAGUUACUAAAAAAAAAGUACCAAGCCUCAGAUGUCUCUCCAUCAACUAUCGCAAAUGCAAUAGGCACGAUGUUGUUAUUGCCAUCCUUGCCCAUAGAAGGAGGAGAAACUGGACGUGCGUUCUUUGUGUUUGGAGACUCGCUGGUUGACAGUGGAAACAACAAUUACUUGCCAACUACUGCGCGCGCCGACACUCUUCCUUACGGCGUCGACUACCCUACUCAUCACCCCACCGGUCGCUUCUCCAACGGCUUCAACCUCCCUGACCUCAUUAGCCAGCGUAUUGGUUCCGAAGCAGCAUUACCAUACUUGAGCCCGGAAAUGAGAGGACAAAACUUGUUGCUUGGUGCCAAUUUUGCCUCCGCAGGAGUUGGAAUCCUUAACGACACCGGUAUCCAAUUUGAGGGGAUAUUAAGAAUAUACCAGCAGUUUGCAUUGUUCCAACAAUACCAAGAACGGUUAGGUUUUGAAGUAGGGGCAGAGGAGGCAGAGAGAAUAGUGAAUGGAUCAUUGAUACUAAUAACACUUGGUAGCAACGACUUUGUUAACAACUAUUUCUAUCCACCAAACUCUGCUAGGUCUCUCCAAUUCACUAUUCCCAAAUUCUGCUCCUAUGUUAUCUCUGAGUACAGAAAAAUCCUUAUGAGGUUAUAUGAGUUGGGAGGAAGAAAAGUGCUUGUGACAGGAACUGGCCCAUUGGGCUGCAUUCCUUCACAGCUUGCAGAGAGAAGCAUAAAUGGAGAUUGUGUGUCACAGAUUCAAGAAGCUUCACAAAUUUUCAACCAGCUUCUAAUUAAAAUGACCACAGAACUCAACAACCAACUAACCUCACCGGUUUUUAUUGUUGUCAAUGCCUUCCGAAUUAACAUGGAAUUCAUCAAUCACCCUCAAAGAUUUGGUUUUGUUUCAUCAAAGAUUGCAUGUUGUGGGCAAGGUCGUUUCAAUGGAAUAGAAGGAUGCACCUCCUUCUCAAGCCUAUGCUCAAACCGUGAUCUUUAUGUAUUUUGGGAUUCUUUUCACCCAUCUCAACAUGCUUGGGAGAUUCUCGCGAAUUACAUCUUCAAUGGAACCACUAAUUAUAUGAGCCCUAUGAACCUUACUACCAUCUUGGCCAUGGACUCCAACUUCUAUUAA